UUCUAAUUUGUAAAAAUGGCUGCUUUUCUCUGCUCCAAAAACAUGAAAACUCUCUCUUGUCUACUAUUAUUCAUUCUAUUUCUUGUGGAGCACAGCCAAGCAGUGAUCUUUAGAAAAUAGGGUCAGAUUCAGAGGCAGCAAGAAGUACCAAUUCGUGACAAAAUUCGCUAUUGGGGAGGAUACUGUGGGAGAAAUCACUCUAAAAGCACGAUUUAUGAAGCCAUGGAAUAAAGGAGCGGAUACACCUAAAACAAUACCGAUUGAAUUCAACUAUUACAAAGAUGAGAAAUGGGAUAAGGUCAUAAAUCUUGACGAUAACGACUGCUGGGGGAAAGCAGCCCUCCAAACUAUUGACAACUGGGUUAACGUCCCAACGAAUGGAGACUGGACAAAGGAAACUGUUCAUUUCAUGGAUGGACACAGGAAGACAACAGUUUGGUAUAUUUCUGCUUCUGAUUGAGAAGAGAGGGCUCAUGUUAUAUUUCCUUCAUUGCCUAAACUAGAGAUAGAGAUUAAUAUGACCAACAAUGGGUCUCAUUUCUCUCAAGAAGAUAUGUAUAUCUUCCCUUUUUAUUUGCUGAUGUUUGCUAUUUUUGCUGGAUUUAUGGGGAAGUCUAUCAUUGAGUUCUACAAGGACUUGAGAACGGAAGAAAGUGCUGAGAAUCCAUUGAUCCCUCUGAUGAUUAGUGUUAAUGCAGAUUUGACACAUUUGGGCUGUAUGUGAAUUCACUUUUUCUUUAUAUACCUCAAUGGAUCUGGCCUUUUUGUGUUUAGUGUAUUUGGAAGGCUCUUUAAGAUCAUUUCACAAGCGAUAAUGAUGUGGUUACUGAUCACUAUUUCAUUUGGAUGGACUGUGACUUAUAAAAAUAUGGUAGAAACUGAUAUUUAUGUGCUUACAGCCAUAUUUGUGGUCAUAGUUCAUCUCUUAAUAGCAGCUCUUACUUAUAUUGAUGAUGAAGAGCAUCAUAAAUAUCAUGAUUUCGGAGGUGUGCAGGGUGUUGUACUUAUAUUCAUUCGGUUUAUUAUAUUCUGAGUCUUUUUGUUUGGAAUAAAAGAUACAUUUAAUAAAGCUAACAACAAGCAGAAAUCUUUUCUAUGGUCCCUAACAAUCUGAGCCUCAGUGUAUAUCUUAUCAUUUCCAAUUUUGUGGCUUCUUUCAAUGUCAUUGGAAAGAUAUUUAAUCAACAGGUUCAUAACUUUCUUUACUUAUAUCUCCCAAGCAUUUGCCGCCUACUACAUCUUGCACCAGCUGACUCGGAAAGGAUCAAGCUACUAUGAAGCGUCACACAAGUCAAAGACGUUGCUUCCAGGGGCAAAAUUUGACUAAUAUCCUGUCAAAAUUAUAACCUAGAUUCA